AAUAAGAGUCAGAUUCUGAACGCUGAAAGGUGCACGACAGUAUUACAAUAAAUAGAUAAAUAUCUCAAUCUUAAUCUCAACCUCCGCUAUAAACAAAUACCUAAAGGCAAACACCAAACUCGAGCAAAUUCGACUAAAUAUGUCUGGAUACCCACAGCCUCCUCCCGGCUACGGCUACGGCCAGCCGCCGCCAACCACAGCCCAACCGUACGGCGCCUCACCAUACGGUGCGCCGCCAGCGCCAUCACAGCACCAGCACCAGCACCAGCACCAACCAGGUUACGGGUCUCCUUACGCUGCGCCCUCCGCACCGUACGCACCGUCAAAGCCACCAAAGGAGAGUCAGCAGCCCCACGGAAGCGCAUACCCUCCGGCGCCAGGGUACGGAAAUCCCUUCGCUUCUCUGGUGCCUACGACUUUUCCUCCUGGAACGGAUCCGACCGUGGUCGCUUGCUUUCAGGUGGCGGACCAGGAUGGGAGUGGCUUAAUCGAUGACAAGGAGUUGCAAGGCGCUCUUUCUUCUUAUAAUCAGGUCUUCAGUCUCAGGACCGUUCGUCUUCUCAUGUAUCACUUCACCAAUACCAGCACCAGGAAGAUCGGUCCUAAGGAGUUCACUGCGUUAUUCUACAGCCUUCAGAGUUGGAGGGCAAUAUUCGAGAGAUUUGACCGUGACAGGAGCGGCAGAAUCGAUGCCAACGAGCUGAGAGAGGCACUGUUGAGCUUGGGAUUUGCAGUGUCACCGGUGGUUUUGGAUUUGCUGGUGUCCAAGUUCGACAAGACAGGAGGCAAAAGCAAGGCCAUCGAAUAUGAUAAUUUCAUCGAGUGCUGUCUCACUGUUAAGGGAUUGACAGAGAAAUUUAAGGAGAAGGACACCAAGUUAUCUGGGUCUGCAACUUUCACAUACGAGUCUUUUAUGCUCACUGUCCUCCCAUUCCUGAUUGCUUAGGUGUUUUGUUUUGUUGCGUUUUUUAUGCUUUUCUUUGGGUUUUUUUUCUUCCCCCCAUGUAUGUAAUGUUUAGGAUAUCCUUAAUUUGUGGCAUGUACGUAACAGCUUUCGUAUGGUUAUUUAUUGGUUUUAAACUAUCUAAUUAUUGUA